UGCGACUAUCUCGUUUGCAUUUAUAUCCAGAAAAUGUGCUACUGCCUGUUACUAUUGUCUUUACUGCCGAUCGUAACAUCGGAGCUGUGCGGGUAUCCUUGGUAUCAGUACAAUACAUGCGAAAAUAAUUCUCUUUCUUGUCCCAGUGAUCAGAAGUGCGCGUACAUUGAGCAAUGCUCGGCGGUUGCAUCCCUAAUGGAUCGAAACGCACUAUCUGCUCACAGAUUACGACAAGCUGUGUGCGGGUACGAUCGAACGCGCAUAAAAAUUUGCUGCAGUGUCGACAGUUAUACCGAACGGCCAGCAUAUCCAGACAGAGAUCUGGAUAUAUAUCCGACGCAAUCAUCUUCAAACUUUCAGUGCGGAAAGACUAUUGUUCGGAGUAAUGUAGACACUUUAGGAUCAUAUCCUUUUGUCGCAAGAAUCGGUUUUAUAAGCAACAAGAAUUCGCUUUCAGAUACAGUAACGGGUGAGAUCAAAUACUCGUGCAAUGGCGUGAUUGUUAAUGAGCGUACCGUAUUGACUACAGCUACAUGCGCACUCGCGAAAUUGAACAGAUACAAAAUAUGCUCUGUGCUUAUUGGUGAAUAUAAUACAGAGUCGAAUCCAGAUUGCAAUGAUUUGUUUUGCGGACACAAUACCAGUAGCCACGACAUAUCGUAUGUAGUAAAACAUCCGGGCUACGACGCCGCAAGUUUUUCCAAAGAUAUCGCCUUACUUCGCUUGAAGAAGGCUAUCGAUUUUACAGCCACAGCUCAACCAAUCUGCUUUAUACCGGAAGACAGAUAUGUUAGCCUAGGAAGUACAUGCACUGUGGUCGGCUGGGGAAAAUUGUCAGGUCAGAAAGCGCAACCACUGACGCAACAGUCAUUACAACUAGAACUCGUACCUAAGCAGCAGUGCUCGGACUAUUUAAGCCAAGCUCUAUCUGUCGAAUUAUGCGCCAAAGGAAACUGUGAACCUUGCUCAGGUUACAGCGGUAGUCCUCUGUUAUACAAAUAUGCGGACACAUAUUUCCUGGUUGGAAUCCUAUCAUUUGGGUCUAGUUGUGACUCAAGCACCAUUUUUCCAUCUGUAUUUGUAAAUGUACAGACAUAUACAAGAUGGAUCUUAGAAAAUUCUUAAGGUUGCAAAAAUAUAAAAA